AGGCAUUUGCAUCACUUGGUAUGGGAAUUUGAUGGAUACUAGAGUGUUCUCUAAUGGCGGAUCGGACUUGUACGUAGGGGUGGAUGCAGUCGAAUUAGCUCAACAAUAUUCAAAGAAGCCCAGAAGUUUACAUGGAAAGGUAGUGGCCAUUGUGGUGACAUCUAUUGUGGUCAUGUCGCUUCUGAUUAUGAUCCCCUUGGUGUGUUGGUUGGUGAUUAGAAAGAGAAGAAGAGGAGACGACAUUCAAAUCAGUGAUGAAGAAAAAGUAGAAUUAUCCAUCUUUGAUAUGGUCACCAUUAGCAAGGCAACUAACAAGUUUUGUGAUGCAAAUAAAAUUGGAGAAGGUGCUUUUGGGCCUGUUUACAAGGUAAGUUUAUUCCAUUCAUACACUAGCUAUUUUAGUGGACAAAUGAAAUCUUUCACAAGGAAAACAUACUAUAAUCUUUCGCAUGAUGAUCAAACUAAAUCUUUAUAUUGUUUAUCAUAGGGCCUGCUAUCAACGGGAA